AUGGCAACUACAUCCGUCAGAGUAGCGCUUCGUGUGCGUCCCAUCACACCAAAAGAGAUCCUCGCCAACUCGGUCGACUGCAUUGCCUAUCCCGGCAACAGCACCGUCAUCGUCGGUGCUGACUCGACCACCAUAUAUGGCCACCAAGCCGAGAAGCGCCCCUACACCUUCGACCAUGUCUUUCCUCCGAGCAUCGGCCAGGACGAAGUCUUCAAGGCGUGCGUCCUGGACCUGAUCGACCGAUUCCUCGAGGGCUUCAAUGCCACCAUUCUUGCCUACGGCCAGACAGGCUCGGGUAAAACAUACAGGACGAUGCUCUGGCUGACUGUUGCUGGGCAUUCGUCAGGCAUCGUUCCGCGUGCCAUAUACGAGAUAUACAAUCGAUUGGAACAGACGCAAGCACGGCUGGCCGACAAGUUUGGAUUCCAGGUCUUUGUUUCUUUUCUCGAGCUCUACAACGAGGACCUACUGGACCUGCUGAAUCCUCGGCCGCGGACUGCCGGCAGCUCUGGAUGGGGCGGGCUGUCGAUCCGCGAGGACGGCAACGGCAACAUUGUCUGGACCGGCGUGCGCGAAGAGGAAGUCAAAUCUCCAGAAGAGCUGCUGAGCUUUCUUCAGAAAGGCUCCCUUUACCGCACCACUGGCACAACAGAUAUGAAUACCUCGUCCUCACGGUCCCACGCCAUCUUCUCGGUAAUCCUCAAGCAAAGACGACUUGGAGGCCACCUCUCGUCAAAGUUCCAUUUUGUGGAUCUGGCUGGCUCAGAACGACUUAAGCGAACCAACGCCGCAGGCGAGCGCAAAAAGGAGGGCAUUUCAAUCAACCAGGGGCUCCUGGCUCUCGGAAACGUCAUCUCGGCUCUGGGCGAUGAGUCGCGGCGGGCAGUCCACAUCCCGUACCGUGACUCCAAGUUGACGCGGAUGCUGCAAGAUAGCUUGGGCGGCAACAGCCAGACGCUGAUGCUGGCCUGUGUAAGCCCCAGCGACUCCAACUACGGUGAAACAGUCAAUACCCUCAACUAUGCGAACCGGACCCGCAACAUCAAGAACCGCGUCGCCAUCAACCAGGAC